AUGGCCUCCACCUUUCACGGCGAGUCCGCGGAGUACAGGAGGGCAACAGAGGCAGUGAACUUGGCGUUCAGCAUCAUCUUCGGCCUUGAGGCGGCCAUAAAGAUUGUGGGCUUUGGGUGGAAGAGCUACAUAAAGUCGGGCUGGAACAAGUUCGACUUCCUCCUGGUUGUCACCUCUGCGAUGGACAUCGCGUUCGCGUACCUGUCCAUGGGAUUCGCCAGCACCCUGAGACUUCUGCGGAUACAGAAGGUGCUCCGGCUCAUGCGCAUCUCCCGCAUGUUUAAACUAAUGAAGGGAUUCGACGGAGUGCGGUCACUGCUGGAGACCCUCAUCAUGUCCCUGCCUGCCUUCUGGAAUGUGGGCCUCCUGCUCGUUCUUGCGUUCUUCAUCUACGCCUAUACCGGCGUUUUGCUGUUUGGGUCCGUGAGGCGCGGGGUGAAUCUGAACGAAAACGCCAACUUCGAGAAAUUCUCUACCGCAAUGAUCACCCUCUUCAGGGUGGCCACAAACGACCAGUGGAGGGGCCUCAUGGAAGACUGCAUGGUGCAGCCUCCCGACUGCGAUAAAGGGAAGGGAGACUGCGGGACGCCCAUCGCUGCCCCUUAUUUCAUGAGUUUCGUCGUCGUGGUGUCCAUGAUCAUGUUCAACCUGUUCACGGCGGUCAUAAGGGACAACUUCGAGGACCAACAGGACCAGGACUCGUGGCAUUUGAACCCCUCCAUCUUGGACGAUUUUGUGGAUCUGUGGCAUGGCUUUGACGACGGCAGCAACACGAUUUCCAUCAAGGAUUUCAAGGCGCUGCUCGUCCGUCUGCCGGCGCCCAUGGGGAUUGGGAGGCCGGCCACCCAACGAGAGAUUGUCACGGAAAUGAAUGCGCUGAACGUCCCGAUGGUGCGUGGGCGCUUGCCGUUUUUCCAUACCUUGUUUGAGCUGGUGAAGAAGUGCUCGGAAGUGCCGCUGCCGCACGGACAUGCAAGGCGCGAAUUGGAGGCGCUGAUAGAUAGGUCCCUUUCCAAGCAUAACGUGGGCGGCGUGGUGAACAUAUCCGCGGCUUUGGCGACGUCCAUGUUUGUAGCCAAAUGGCGGUUCAGGAACACGUUGAGGAACCUGAAGGCACGGAGGGCAGAAAGAGCGGCGCGCAAAGUCGACGGGCUUUCCAUGGACAGUGUCCGCAGAAGAGGGGCGUCGCUCUUGAGGGUGCGCUGUCCUGCCAAUUGCUCCCGCCGGCGCUUCGAUUAG